UGUGUAUCUCACCGUUUCAACUCCUAUCGUUUUUGUAAAUCAAUAUACUUCUGAUUCUCUUCGGCUUCUCCUAAAAAUACUCAAUUCCAGAUAUCAUCAUGAUGAAAACAGUUUCUUCAAAACCUCCGAGAUGUCGUUACCUUAUCUUUUGAGCACCAUCAGGGUUUGAGAGGCUUGGAGCGAUGGUGAUCUUCGCGCCGAAACCGAUCUGUUUUCUCUGUGUUCCCCAUCUAUGUUUUCGCCGGUAAAUUGUUUCCAUCGUUCGCUUCGGCUUGCUUACCGCCUUAGGAAACAGUGCGUGCUGUGAGGUGCCAGAAGAUUCCACAACAGACAGACCUUAAUCGGCCUCCUCUAUUUACAGAUUUCCUGAGAAAUUUUUGUCCAGCCGCCGUAAAAUUGGCCUAAUGGAGACUGAAAUGAUGGAGAAUUGAUGCAGUACGUGUGCUUCAUGGGAGACUCGCCACAAAUAGUAAGGGGAUGGAGCACAGAAACCAGGAGACGAUGACACGCUACAUUGAGAUGCUUCUGUGAACAAGUUUUCCAGCAGAGUAUGGAUGACGACAUGAAGCAAGCUAUGAACAAAAAAAAAACAGCUGAUCUCAAAACAUGUAGAAGUUAAAAAGGACUCAAUAAAGAUCACUGGAAUUGCUCUAAGUUUUGGGUGAUAUUCAUGGACAGUACUCGGAGUGUUUGAAUACAGAGGCUUCCCUCCUACAGCUAACUGCUUAUUCUUAGGAGAUUACGUGGACAGAAGGUAGCAUAGUUUGGAGAUGAUCUGUCUUCUACUUUUCUACAAAAUAAAAUACCCGAGAACCUUUUAUUUCUGAGAGGAAACCACGAAUGAGCUUCCAUCAAGAGAAUCUACGGAUUCUACAAUGGAUUCUACCGUAGAUUCAGUGUGAGACUGAAAAGUGCUUACAGAUUCUUAUGAGUGCCUCCUGUAGCUGCUGCAAUAGCCAUAAGAUGUUAUGCAUGCAUUCCUUUCUCCUGAUUUGACAACCGUGGAACAGAUUGCAAACAUUAAGCGACCUACUGACCAGACUCUGGUCAGCUCUGUGGUCUGCUUUGAUCUGAUCAAGCAAAGAUGUCAAAGCUGGUGGAUGAACCACCGUGGAGUCUCUUACACGUUUGGACCUGAAAAGGUCACUGAGUUUCUAAUAAAAAACGCUUGCUAUUAUACUUUAUGCUCUUAACUACGGUGGUGACUUCGACAAUGCUGGUGCAAUGAUAAGUGUUGGUGAGGGUACUCUUUUCAAAUUCUUAAGCAUGUGGAUCGGAGGUCCUGGUUCUUAUGAUCUGAUUUUUUUUUUUUUUUGACAGAGUUCUUAUGAUCAAAAGAGGUACUUCAAGUACCUUCUUGAUUCGAUCUUUUAGAUUCGCAGGUUGCAGUAGUCUUUCAUCUAAAAUAACGUAGCAAGCAACCUCAUAGAAAAGCUGUUGUUUAUCAAUUCUAAAAUUGUGUAGAGUAUGACACCAGCUCUCACUAUUUGUGUACACAAUGCUUAAGAAUUGUGAUGACAAGAAGAUCAAGAAGAUUUGUGAUGUAAAUUCAGAUCCUUCAAGAACUACUGAAAAUGUGAACGGAGAAGUACCUGAAGCGAACAGCUCAUCGCUGCGGUUGCCAGUGGUAGUUGAGCCCUGUGGCUAGAUGUCGAAGAGUAUAUUCUCAUGCUCAUGAUUAUCAUAUCAAUUCUAUCUCAAAUAACAGUUUCAACAUUGUUGAUGUCAAGCCUGAGAAAAUGGAAGAUCUAUCUGGUAAGCCAUGGUUUACUGUUCUUUCUGUCCAUCAAGCAACUGUGUAUCUAUUACUGCAUUGUUUGUUGCAGAGGUUAUCACAUCAGCAGUUCUAAAGGCUCAAUUCGCCUGAUUGAUCUAGCUUUAUGUGAUUCACAUUCCAAAUUGUUUGAGGAACCAGACGCAGCUGGUUCUAAAUUGUUCUUCACUGAGAUCAUUGCUUCAGUGUCAGACAUCAAAUUUGCAAAAGAAGGAAGAUAUCUACUUAGCCGUGACUACAUGACACUUAAGUUAUGGGACAUUAACAUGGAUUCAGGUCCGGUAGUGACUUUCCAGGUUCAUGAACAUCUGAAACCGAAGCUCUGUGAUUUAUAUGAAAAUGAUUCCAUCUUUGACAAGUUCGAGUGUUGUAUAAGUGGUGAUGGAUUGCGAGCAGCCACAAGUUCCUACAGCAAUCUGUUCCGUGUGUUUGGUGUUUCCCCGGGAAGUACUGAGACUGCAACCUUAGGAGCAAGCAGAAAUCCAAUGAGUUUGAACCUCUCGGGGAAAAAAGACGAAAUUGGCAAACAUGAAACCAGGCAAGAGACUUAUGACGGUACUUGAGACUUUGUCCUUUUAGGCCUUGCAAGGAGGCUUAAAAUGCAUUUUACAUGUUAUACCAUAUCUUCAUGAACACUAACUAUUUUUUUCUCUUAAAACUUUGUGUUUUAAUGAUUUUCUCUGACUCAUAUUGGACAGUAAAAAGUCUGCAAAGUUUUAUUUUUCCAUCAACCGAAUUACUCAGGUCA